UGCAGCUUUAGUAAAAGAAGCAAAACCAACUACAAUGACUAGUAGAGGACUCUUGAUGAGUUUCUGUUCCUUUUACAUUGUAGUAAUUCUUCAUCUUUUUGCUCAUACAAAUGCUGCGGCAGUCCCCGCGAAGCGCUUCGUUGCGCCUUUUAAUAGAACAAGUUUCCCUUCCGAUUUCAUAUUUGGUGCUGCUUCAGCUGCUUACCAGAUUGAAGGAGGAGCUCGUCUAGGAGGUAGAGGACCUAGUAUAUGGGAUACUUUCACACACAAGCACCCAGAAAAAAUUUUUGACCGUUCAACCGGAGAUGUUGCUGUUGAUUUCUAUCACCGUUACAAGGAAGACAUACGUCUGCUUAAGGAAGUUGGCAUGAAGGCAUUCAGGUUGUCCAUCUCCUGGUCUCGAAUUUUACCAUAUGGGAAGGUAAGCAAAGGAGUGAAUCCAGAAGGCAUCAAAUUCUACAACAAUGUCAUCAAUGAAAUUAUCUCCAAUGGUUUAACGCCAUUCGUGACGCUUUUCCAUUGGGACACACCACAAGGCCUUGAGACCGAAUAUGGAGGGUUUAUGAGUUCAAAAAUAGUGAAAGAUUAUGCUGACUAUGCGGACAUUUGCUUCAAGGAAUUUGGGGAUAGAGUUAAGCAUUGGAUCACUUUGAAUGAGCCAUUAUCUUAUAGCAUGAAUGGAUAUGCAAAAGGUACCUUUGCACCAGGAAGAUGUUCGAGUUAUGUUGGAAAUUGUACAAAGGGUAAUUCUGCCACUGAGCCAUAUAUUGUUGCUCACAACUUACUACUUGCCCAUGCAACUGGUGUCAAAGUAUAUAGACAAAAAUAUCAGAAAACUCAAAAAGGAAAAAUAGGAGUCACUCUGGUAACUCACUGGUUCGUGCCUAAAAUCAAGACUCCUCUAGGACUCAAGGCCCCUCAAAAAGCACUUGAUUUUUUCUUAGGAUGGUUUUUGGAUCCAAUUACAUAUGGUGAUUAUCCAGCCAGCAUGAGAGCUAAUGUAGGUCGUAGGCUACCAAAAUUCACACCAGAGCAGAAAAAAUUGGUGAAAGGGUCAAUGGAUUUUUUAGGAAUGAAUUACUAUACUACACAAUAUGCAUCUCCAAUGCUAUCCGUCCCUAGAGUUAACCUUAGCUAUACCACAGAUGGACAUGUUGAUAUGACUACACAAAAGGAUGGAAAACCUAUUGGUACACCGACUGCACUAAAUUGGCUAUUCAUUUAUCCAAGAGGAAUAUAUGAUCUUAUGAUUUACCUCAAGCAAAAAUACAAGAAUCCUCCCAUCUACGUCACAGAAAAUGGAAUGGCAGAUGCAAACAACAGCACAUUGCCACUUAAACAAGCCCUUAAAGAUGAUAUGAGGAUAAGGUAUUACGAGGGACACCUAUGGUUUCUAUCAAAAGCCAUAAAGGCGGGAGCAAAUGUGAAAGGACAUUUUGCAUGGUCAUUCUUAGAUGACUAUGAAUGGGAUGCUGGUUUCACUGUCCGAUUUGGCAUAACCUUUGUUGACUACAAAAAUGGACUUAAAAGAUACCACAAGAAAUCUGCUUACUGGUACAAGAAGUUCCUCUUGAAUAAUGGCAAAUAAAUAUGAGUUUGACACGUCAUAGACGUUUUUUUUUUUUGCAUUUUUCCCUUUUUGCUGGAAAAAGUAUUGAGGUGAUUGUCUUCUAUUCAGAUGUCUUGUGUCAUUGAAGCUUCUCACAUAGUUUUCUUGGCUGAAAAAGUAUUCAUUGUUGUUUUGUUUAUGUUUAUUAUGAGAAUAAGUGGGGAACGCCACUAUAAUUUGUACUUGGGUCAAUGAUAUCCUGCUGGUUUAAAAUGUAUUGGAUUUAAAUUUGAAAUUUUGUUUGGAUAUGUAAUUUUGAUUUCUUAA